CCCUGGAUGUAGGCAGGCGUGUACACACCGGAAGGUUCACUCAGCGUCCUCCAUCUCUGUCUCGAUUCCUCCCUGCUCUCUCUAGUUCUCCACCGGUGGAUUUUAUCCCACGUCUGUGAGGAACAUCGCCAAAAUGUCUGACAAGCCCGACAUGACUGAAAUCGCCCGUUUCGACAAGACAAAGCUGAAGAAGACGGAGACAAAAGAGAAAAACCCUCUGCCCACCAAAGAGACCAUUGAACAGGAGAGGAAAGGCGAUGCCACACCUUGACUUGAGCACAUGAAGAAAAGAAGCUGAGAUGCCACAGC